AUGCCUAAACAAAAAAAGUCUAAAAAAUCUAAAAAGCCCAAAUAUCAAAAUAUUUCUAUUGCUCAAAUGCAUCAAAUUAUAAAUGAUGUUAAUAAUCUUUGUAAGCCAAUUCAACAAGUUGCAGCAGAACUUUGUUUGGCUUCAUCAACUAUACAAAGUAUUAUUAAAAAUUUUGAUGAAAAAAAUCAAAUUAAACCUAAACCAAAAGCAAUUGAUGAUGAACCAUGGAUUUCAAUCGCUAACUUAAAUCAAAAACUAACCAGCCAAUUUCCUGAUAUUCAUGUGAGUGAUCGUACAGUAGCUUGUUAUGUUAGUGAUAUUAGAUUUACUCUAAAAAGAUUAAGGCUUGUACCUGAGGACCAUAAUACAAAUAAUACAAUUCUUAAAAAAGAAGAAAAAUCAAGAGGCCAUGCAAUUUGUGGACAACCUGCAAUUCAAAAAUUUGUUAAUAACAAAGGAAAAAAUAUUUUAGUAAUCACUGCUAUUGGUAAAGAUGAUGUUUUAAAACAUCAAUCCAUAUUGGGUUCAGUAAAUGCAAAUAUUUUUGUAAAUUUCAUUUGUGAUCUUUGUGAAAUAAUCCCUAACAAUAAGUUUUUUGUAAUAGAUAAUGUCCGUUAUCAUAAGUCAGGUGUAGUAAAAGAU